UGGCUAAAGGCUCCAGACGCGCCCGGCUGCGGGACCAUGACCUUAUUGGCCGGCUCAGGAACAGGGAGGUGUGGAGAAAAGACUGAAAAACCAAACAAACUUCCCUUCAGCCCAGCACAGGAACAGAACUUCUCCAACCCUUUUCAACUCAGAAACAAGAAACAAACCCUACGGUCAGAAUGUCUGCAGCCAAGCGUGCCAAAGGAAAGACCACAAAGAAGCGCCCGCAGAGGGCCACGUCCAACGUCUUCGCCAUGUUCGACCAAUCACAGAUCCAGGAGUUCAAAGAGGCCUUCAACAUGAUCGAUCAGAACAGAGACGGAUUCAUCGAUAAAGAGGAUCUGCACGACAUGCUGGCCUCUCUGGGGAAGAACCCGUCUGACGAGUACCUGGAGGGAAUGAUGAGCGAAGCUCCAGGUCCCAUCAACUUCACCAUGUUCCUCACCAUGUUUGGAGAACGUCUGAACGGCACUGAUCCUGAAGACGUCAUCCGAAACGCCUUCAUGUGCUUCGACGAAGAUGCUUCUGGUUUCAUCCAUGAGGACCAUCUCCGCGAGCUGCUGACCACCAUGGGUGACCGUUUCACAGAUGAAGAAGUGGACGAGCUGUUUCGAGAGGCACCUAUCGACAAGAAAGGAAACUUUAACUAUGUGGAGUUCACUCGCAUCCUCAAACACGGGGCCAAAGACAAGGACGACAUAUAAAAUCCCCUGUUGUGUGUCUGUAAGAGACUGAAGCAGAUGAUUAUGCUCUACAGAAGUCCAAAAACACCCAUUAACAUGAAGAAGUUCAACAUAUUAAGAAGCUUUACAAUAUAGUUUUGUCAAUUUCAUGUAUUAACAAUAAAGUUUGUACUACAUUCCAGAACAAG